GUCAAACAGCUGUUUUAAUAAAAAAUAAGCAAACAAAAAUGGACACACAAAUGGAUAAUCAGCAUAUGCGUACAAAAACGGAAAGGACAACUCAGGAGCAGCUGCAACAUUACAUAAUGUUUUGCAAGCAGCAUCCUGAGUUGCAACGGGGGAAGCUAUUUCCGACCAACCCUCAAGGGUUGCAAAUACUUUGGUCGGAGUUAGCAGAAAAUUUAAAUGCCUUAAGAGGUCCAACUCGGUCGGUAGCCAAGUGGAGGGAGUCCUUAAUGCAUUGGAAACAUCAGUUGCGAUCGCGAGCGCGCAAACUGAAGGCAAAGCGACUGGUGGAGGCCCUCCGAUAAAUGGAAUGACUGAAUUCGAGGAGCAAACAAUUACAACUUUUGGGGCAGCAGCGGUGGAUGGAUUGCCGGGUGUUGCGACUUUGGGUCACCAGCUCAAGCUCCAGCUUCCUCGCCAACAGUCGCAUCGCCUGCUCCAGCUUUUCCUGUUCUUUCCAUAAAUUUUUCUUCCUCACCAUCACCUCCAGAUUCCUUAUCUCCUCCCAUCUUAUCUUCUCCUAUGCCAUCGCCUUCUUACAUCCCUUCUGAAAAAUUGACUGCAGCGAAGAUGCUUGGAGCAAUGCUACAAAAAAUGGAGGAUCAAGAAAAGCGAGAAGAGGAGGCCAUUCCUCUAUACAGGAAAAUUGUAGAGCAAAACGUGCAGAUGACAGGGGUGCUGCACCAAAUGACACAAGCACUAACCUCGCUGUCAGAGGUUAUGGCUAAAUUGU